AAACAUCAUAACUACCUAUUCACCUCUUUUCUCCCAAGUUGUUGUCAAAAUGAAAACCCUAACACUCUUAUUCGCUCUUUCCCUCUAUCUCCUUCUCAACCCAACUCAUUCCACGUCCAAUCCCAUCCGCCUUCCCACCGCCGACGUGGCAGUAACGUCCGGCGAAACUCCGGUGGUGGACACCGACGGAGACGCGCUCCGGGCCGGCGAAACGUACUACAUAACCUCCUCCUUUCGGGGAGCGGCCUCCGGAGGAGUGCAACUUUCUUGGUUAAACGAUUUGACAAAAUGCGCGAGAAACGUGGUCAUGUCGCCGCCCUUAACGGACGGCGACCCCAUUAGGAUCACGCCGGCGGACCCGAACGCCACCGUCGUCUCGCCGUCGACGUUCCAGAGCUUCGCGUUCUCCGUUCCAACGUCCAGGCUUUGUGUGAGCAGUGUGUUUUGGGGGAUCCGGUUCGACCGGGCUUCCCGGAAAUUUUUCUUGAACUCCGGCGAGUUUGUCUCCAACCUUAGCGGCCAGUUCAAGAUUGAAGUCGUGCCGGAGCUUAGCGCUUACGAAAUCACCUAUUGUCCGUUCGGCGGCGACAAAUGCUACAGCGUUGGCAGAUACUACGACGAGGCGGCCGGGGCUGACCGUUUGGCUCUCACUCAGGAUUUUCCUUUCACUGUUGUGUUCAAGAAAGCUAGAUUCUGAUUUCUGACCACAUUAUUGUACGCUGGUUAGUUAAUUAUGCUAAAUAAGUGACAUUAGUCGCAGGUUUGAUAAUGUACAACAUAUCCUAGAUUGUUGUGUUGUGUAAACCCUAUGAUCAUUAAAUAAAUUACUAUUUGUCGGCAGAUAAAUAAUUUGAUAAUUGUUA